GAUCACAAGCCCUAAAUGUCGUAUUUGUGGAGUAAUGUUUUCCACUCCCAUUGAUUUAACACGUCAUAUGAGAACUCACACCGGAAAGCCGACAUACUCAUGUAAUAUUUGCAACGUAACAUUUACAUUGAAAAUUCAAUUGAAGAGACACCAGAAAAAGUUUCAUCCAAAAGCGGAAACACAAACUUGCUUCGAGAAAAGUAAACAAGAUGUUCAAAAACAGCAGCAAGAAGCAUUUGAACAACCAUCGACAAGUUCUCAAACAGCAGAGUCAAUGGAAUUUGAAGAAAUUUCUUCACAAGAAACUGUUUUAACUCCAAAAGGAAGUGAAGAAUUUCUUGGAAACGUUGAAGUCGAUUUAGGAAUUGGACGAAUUGAAAGAUCUUCACAAGUGGAAUUCUUCUUGGAAAUGGACGUUGAAGAAAGUAAAUUUGAAUGUCCGUUGUGCCGUGAACAAUUUUCAGACGAGGUUGCACUAGAAGAACACGAAAGAAAAUUCCAUUCAUCCGAUUGAUUAAUUUACGACAACUAAUUUUAAAAAUGUGUUAAUUUAAAAAGAUAUCAGAUUAUUAUUUCGAUAUAUGUUAAUGAACACAAAAUUGAACAUUCAGUACAAAAACUUUAAUUACAG